CCACCCCACUCCCUUUCUCCUCUCCCCUUUAUUCCCAAACGAAAAUGCCUGUGCAGAUAACAAAUUGUCUGUCCAAUUUUUUUCAUUUGUUUGUCAUCUCUUAUCUCUCUCAACGAGCGGCAGGAAGCGAGUAAGACAUAUGGCGGCAGCGGCGGCGACGACGAACUUGGCCUGGGCUGGAAUCAAGGGAGGAUAUAUUCGGGCCGAGUCCCGGGGACACGCCAUCUGCGAUGGAAGCUUUCUCCCUGUCCUUUCUAUGCGUUUUCCAGAGAUGCUAUGGUCCACACAUAAAGCUGCCAAUGGUGUAUUACUCUUGUUGAUGCGUUCUUGAGAAGUUGGAGCAGUGACGUUCAGUUAUGACAUUUUCUGUCAUGAGGAGGAUAAUCCUUGCCACCAAAAGAAAACAAAUGUCUCCAGGAAAUAUGGUCAAAAUCAAUAGGAAGCUCAAAAAAGACAUGAUGAUGAAGGAUCAAAUCAGUAAAUGAGUUCAAAUGGUGGUGUAUAUUUAGCUUUGAAAAUGAGUUCAAAUGGUGGUGUAUGUUUAGCUUUGAAAAUGAGUAAUGUUGUGUUGUAAUAUUGGUAACUGUUUAUAAUUAA